GUAAUUUGCGUUUUCAUACAAGUUUGGUAUCCAAAUAUUUCGCGGUAAGAAGUAAUGUGUUCAAGUUGUUACUCAACUGUUACGAAAUGAGUGAUCAAAAUGUUCUUGAUAUUCAAAACCAAAUGCGAGAAAAUUCUGAGGAUCUACAGAAAUAUUUAAUGGAUUUAGAUAAUUGGGAAAAAGAAAUGAGGAAAAAAGAAGAAGAACUAAAACUUAAUAAAACUAAUGAUGAAGACGCAUUUCCUCCGAUUAGGAAUUCAUUAUCAAGAUCUAAAAAGAAAGGCAGACACAAGAAAAAAGAAAGAAAUAUUUCUAGUCAAAAAGAUAUGGAAACAAAAAAUGAAGCAGAUGAAGAAACAAAGCAUUCUAGUCCAUCUGAUAAUAGUGAUCAAGAUGAGGAAAUGUGUUUGCAGAAAAAAAAGCAGUUGGCUAUCCUAAAUAAAGAUAAGGGAAAUGAAUUUUUUAAGAAAGGAAACUAUGAUUCAGCUAUUAAUUGCUAUACAACUGGAAUGCAACUAGAUCCAGACAAUCCUUUGCUUCCUGCAAACCGUGCCAUGGCAUUUCUCAAAAAAGAGCAGUUUCAAGCUGCUGAGAAUGAUUGCACUUCAUGUCUUGCAGUUGACCCAACUUAUGUCAAAGCAUAUCUUAGGAGAGGAACGGCACGGAGUAAAUUGAAGAAAUAUUCCUUAGCUAGAGAAGAUUUCUCAAAAGCAUUGGAGCUAGAACCAGAAAAUAAACAAGCACAGUUAGAACUCAAAAAAUUAAAAGAGUGCCCCAGCCCAAUUUCAGAUGAUCAAAAAAUCGAGUCAGAAGUUCUGAAAACACAAGACUUUUGGCCCCAGUUUGUUGGAAAUAAGAAUAUCAUAGUUUCUGAAGAAAUGCAUGAAGACAAAAAUCAUUUAAAAGCUUCUACUUCCAAAGAAUCUAUAGUAUCAACUACAGUUUUGAAUACUAAUGAUGACUCUGAACAAAAACAAGAAGAGACCAAAAUGGCAUCGACUAAAAAGGCUAAUAACAGUUCAGAAAACCCUUUAUAUGAAAUAGGAGAAAUUAUAAGUAAAUUAGAACAGUCUCUGCCACCUGUACCGUCAGCUUCAUUUCAGUUUCUGACUGACUGGACUAAAAUAUCUAAAUAUCCAGAUCUGAAGUAUCGUUAUUUGAAACAAUUUCCUCCUGAAAAGUUUCCUGUUGUAUUUAAAUAUUCAAUGGAAGCUGAAAUAUUUCCGGAGAUUCUCCAUACGUUAAGCACCUCUUUUCUAGACAAUGGUGAUGAUGUCUUUGAUUAUUUAAAGUACCUUACUGCUGUUGGGAGAUUUAAUACUAUGCUUAUGUUUUUGUCUAAUAGUGAGAAAAAAAAUUUACAAAAGCUGCUUGAUGUUAUAAAAUCAUCUGAUAGGUCAUCCUCUGAAAAGGACGAUAUACUGAAUCUAUACAAAGUGUAGCAGCUGCAUUGUUAUUGUUCAUGCAUCUUCUGUAUAAUAUAAAUCUUGUUGAAAUAAAGUGUAAUUAAAUUGUUA